GCCACGUGCACAUAACCACAUCCCAGACACAGACCCGUCCCCCCUGAUUGUGGUUGAACAAGAAUCUCGAAGGAGUAAAGAAAUUUAUUAGGUAAGUUUUCAGCGAAAUUCGUGCUGCUUUUGUGCCUUGUAGGCCUCUGUUUUGUUUUAAAUAGACGUAUCGAUACAAUACGUAAGGAAAUAUAACUUGUGUGCUUUUUAAACGGUUGAUUUUUGAAGGAAUUUUGAGAUUUUUGGAUCGCAUGUUCGGUGCAAGUUUCAUUAUUGUCUAGCCUAAAAGUUUGAGUUUUAUGCCAUAGAAACAUGAAAGUCUAGCUAUUUCUUGCUCGAAUUUUGCUAAGUUUCGCUAGUGCAUACGUUUAAGAGCCAACCUUUUUGGCAAACCAUUCACAAUAAUUUGAAAAUUGUGUGAAAAUAUAAAAAUGUUAUGAAGUACAAAAUUGAGAACUUUAAUUGUUCAGAGUUUAGCUUUAUUUUUUUUUUUAAUUUUUACAAAUUUGCCAUUAUUAAAGAUAUAAACUAACUAUAAAUUACACACAAUGGCUGGAAUGACCACACAGAGAUAAAAUCUCCAAUAACGGGGUUCCACAACAUACAUAAACAUAACAAUAAUUUACACUAUGGUGUGACAGAUAUUAGACAUACUAAUAAACAGAUAGGCAAAUUAACAGGCCACAAAUUGAAACAAACAACGAUAAGACAACGACAUGAGAUCCUAUUUGAAAUUCUGAACUCGUGAAUGAAGUACUAGAGUAAUUUGAAGCUGUUAAGAUUGUUUAUGUAUCGAGCAAGCUAUAUUAAAAUUUAAUGACUGCUUUCCCUAUCACACACACCGUCCACAACCGCCAAAAUGCUAUACUCGUAGUCAUGUACAUGGAGUUGAACCAUAAGAUAAAGUAAUAUUCAUUAUAGCAUAAUGGUAAUUGCAUUUGGCACACGCAAUAAGGGAUCACUAUAUAAGGUUCGAUUGACCUAACAACAUGGUCUAGAUAAUAAGUUCCAUAAAGGACGACUUGUGUGACAUUUCACACAAACUGACUUAAGAGUUCUCGGGUCAUUGGGGUUGAAAACACUGCCGUGUAACAGCUUAUCAGCUGUUAGUGUAUUAUUAUUCUGGUUAUGUUUAUUUUUCAAUUUCUUUUACAAAGGGUUGAGCAUCAUUUAGCAUUCAUUGUUUCUUAACCCAUUGUUAGUGAUUGACCAAUAAAUCUGUACAUACUGGGCUAAUUUUUGCCUUAUCGGUAGACAAUCCAAAUCAGCUGUAUCUCCAAAUGUGUACAACCAAUUGUUGAGAAAAUACGCCCUUUAAAAAUUAUAUAUACGUUGCGGGAUGGUACACUUUGCAUUUUAAUGCAGUAUGUUAAAUUAGUGUGUGAAGCAUGCCAUUUACAGUUUUAUGCAAAUUUUGGUUGCAAUAACAUGUUACGUUGGAAAUUAUCAUUAAAAAAUUGAAAUGGAUGGGGACUGAGGAGCCAUUUUUGGAUUGGAAGGGCUGGUGAACGCUGAAGGCAUGAGUUUACUAGGGGAUGGGCGUCUUGCCCCCGGGAAAUUUUGAAAUCUGAGAACUUCCAGAGCCCCGGAAAUGCAAUCAAAUUUACUAGUUGCUGUUAAAAAGUUUAUUAACCAUCAUCUGUUUAAUUAAAUAUCUAACCAGAAAUAGAUUGAAUACUUGGCUAUAUAAAUUAUAAAUAUAUGGUUAACUGAUCUGAAAGAUUUCAGUAUUCUUAGUUUAUAAAAAUCACAUAUGUAUGGAAAAUUUUUUGUGGAGCUAAAGCCCCCAGGUACUGGAGCAGGGGGUGUGGGCGGGGCUGGGGAGUGCAUGCCAGGGCUCGAAUUUUAUCGCGGCAAUUGCUGUAGAGGGAGUACAAAAUGCCGUGGAUCAUUGCGGCGACGACGGCAAUUUUUUGCCGUAUAGUAUAAUUUUUAUACUAUUCACUAAAUUACUAUAUUAACAAUAAAGUUAAAUUUUUGUUACAGUAAUUUGAAAAAAUGCUGUGGAAACUGCCAAAAUUGCUGUAGACAGCUGUUACGUUCUACGGCAAUUUUUAACGCCAUUGCCGUCGAUUGAUUUCAGGGAAAUUUGAGGCCUGAUGCAUGCUCAGCCACAUAUUGAUGUUUAGUUGGUUAAAAGUUAAAUUCUUUGAUUUAGAACUAAACUAAACACAGCGCCAUGCCAAAUAUUAAACUACGAAGCUCGGAUGGAGAGACCUUCGAUGUUGAUGUUGAGAUUGCAAAAGCAUCGGUCACGAUAAAGACUAUGUUGGAUGGUAAGAUAUAUUGCUGUAUAUGCCAUGGUUUGUGUGGGAACUACCUUUGUUAUUGGGUUAUUCCAGAAAACAUCCAUACCCCCCCCCAUGGAGGAAAUUGGAAGUUAACCCCCCUACCCUCUUUGGAUGUCCAAAUACACUUACUAUUAUUAGAAACAAAUUUUUUCUUCCUCCUACUUGAGACCGCAGAAAUGUCCUUCGUGGGGGGAGUGUGGAUUUUUUCUGGAACAACUCAUUGGGGUGGGGGGAGAGACACAUUGUCAUUUCUGAAGUUCAACAUUUAAGAGUACACUCUGGGAGGGGAGAUGGUGCUGAUGUACACUGGUUGAUGAGAACUUUCUUUUUGGAGUGAUGUGAGCACUUACCCAGAUAAUCUGUCGAUGGAACUAAAUUUUAGGUUAAUUACCAAAUUCUUGUCUCUUUCAGAUUUAGGCAUGGACGAGAACGACGAAGAACCUGUUCCGUUACCAAAUGUCAAUGCCGCAAUUCUAAAGAAGGUGAUUGCAACUUGUCUGCAGCAAUGCUGCAAAAUCAGGUUUUGCCUGGUGCUCAGUACACACUUACAGAAAGUUUCAUCACUUUAACUGUAGAGCCUUAUGUUAAUGCUUGGGACAUUGAGUUUUACAACUAAUGUCACAUACACAAAAGUGAGGCUCUAUGUCCAAAGUGACAAACUUUCUAGAAGGGUGUAUUGAGCACACAGGCCUAAUCUGUGCUUCAAAAUAUCCAUGUAUACUAUAAUCCUUUUGGCAAGUGUCUUUUUUAUGACGAAGAAACUGUUAUAAGAAUGUGUUAAGUUAUUUAACAUGUUGAGUGGCAGCACGUUCCACUUAAGGAGAAAAAUCAUCUGUCUUUAGACAGAGUAAAAUAACAAGUAGUGCACAUUGUCACAUGUAUAAAGGAUUACUGUCGUUCCAAUUGAAGUGUUGCUCAAAUAUUGAUUCAAUACAUUACCUCGGGCUGCCCAAUUCAUUUCAUCAAGUUCCUCGAGAUAUUCAUACACUUCCUAGUAUAAUUGUAAACUUCCUGUUGAAUAGUUUGAAUGCACCAAUCACCUUUGUUGUUUGUGCAACUAACCAAUCAUAAAUAGAAAGGAAGUGACCAGAAAUGAUCAAAUACUUGGAAUUGGCUCUUUCACAGGAAGUGUAUGAAUAUCUCGAGGAACUUGAUCAAAUGAAUUGGUCAGCCUGAGGUAAUGUAUUGAAUCAAUAUUUGAGCAACACUUCAAUUGGAACGACAGUAAACCUUCAAGUGGCAAUGCACCCUGAUGUAACCUACUUUGUUAUUUUACUCUGUCUAAAACCAGAUGAUUUUACUUGUCAAGCAGAGAGUGCUGAGAACUGAGAACGUUAAGAAUUGUUUUGAUGUAAUGGGCUACAUUUCAUAAAUAUUUCUUGUUGAAGGUAAUUCAAUGGGCCACACAUCAUAAGGACGAUCCACCCCCUCCCGAGGAUGAUGAGAAUAAAGAGAAGAGAACAGACGAUAUUGAACCUUGGGAUAUGGAGUUUCUCAAAGUUGAUCAAGGGACACUGUUUGAGCUUAUACUGGUACAAUAAUAAUUCAAUUAUUAUCUAACGAUAGUUUUGAUUCUCACACUGGGUCCCCAUUUGUUCUGCCACCGCAAGCAGGGCAGUGCCUUUAUUAUUUACCUAUCUGUUUAUAAAAAACAUGAUUAAUUAACAAAUCCCGGAUAACAGUUCAGUUCAUAAUCUAAACAAAAACUAUAUACAACUAAAAAAACAACAAACUCUAGUAUCCACCAAUCUGGGAGGGUGGGUGGGUAACUGCAUACGAUGUGCAAAAAACUAAAAGAUGCGAAAGUCACUUAUCACGUGACUUUAUACAACUCGUGUGACCUAACACAGGGCACCCCAGUAUGAGAAACCUGUUUCUCGCUUAUUUCGUAAACUCAGACAGCGAGAAACUCAAAUAACUUUUGCUAAACACAAAAUAUAAGAUGUAGAAUAUGUAAGGAGUGAAAUUAUGAGUUUAUUUCUUCUUUGCCUAGGCAGCCAAUUAUUUAGAUAUUAAAGGCUUGCUGGAUGUUACAUGUAAAACAGUUGCAAAUAUGAUCAAAGGUAAUAUGUUCACAUAUGACAUAAUGUAUAUCUUAAAGGCACAGGUCAGCAUUUUGAAUGAUGUUUUUUAAGGCGCAUUUCAGCCCUUUUAAUUGAAAAAACUAACUAGGAAAAUCAAUUAAGCAAUUAAUUCAAGAUCAGCAAACUUAAUUUUUUUAACAUUUUAAAACAUUUUUUUGUUAAAAACAUUGAGUUUAUUGAUCUUAAAUUAUGCAUAAUUGAUUUUCCUAGUUAGUUUUUUCAAUUAAAAGGGCUGAAAUGCGCCUUAAAAACCAUCCUUCAAUACCUUGGCUUUUGUUAUAACUUGUUAAUUUUUAGUAUGUUUUGGUAAUAAAUGGUUAUUUCAAAUCUCAUGAAAGGUAAAACGCCAGAAGAAAUAAGGAAAACAUUUAAUAUAAAGAAUGAUUUCACCCCUGAAGAAGAGGAACAGGUAUGUCUUGUGAUUCUCAUCCUGUGGUAACACUGGAUCAAUAAAAGAUGAUUCUUACUGGACCUCUAGCCUCUAGGAAGAACAGUUUAGAAUUGAUGGAGCUAUCCAGUAUAAAUAAAGUUAGUUUAGUUUAGGUUUCCUCCUGUAGUAACACUGGAUCAAUAAGAGAUGAUCCUUACUGGACCUCUAGCCUCUAGGAAGAACAGUUUAGAACUGAUGGAGCUAUCCAGUAUAAAUAAAGUUAGUUUAGUUUAGGUUUCCUCCUGUAGUAACACUGGAUCAAUAAGAGAUGAUUCUUACUGGACCUCUAGCCUCUAGGAAGAACAGUUUAGAACUGAUGGAGCUAUCCAGUAUAAAUAAAGUUAGUUUAGUUUAGGUUUCCUCCUGUAGUAACACUGGAUCAAUAAGAGAUGAUUCUUACUGGACCUCUAGGGAGAACAGUUUAGAACUGAUGGAGCUAUCCAGUAUAAAUAAAGUUAGUUUAGUUUAGGUUUCCUCCUGUAGUAACACUGGAUCAAUAAGAGAUGACUCUUACUGGACCUCUAGGGAGAACAGUUUAGAACUGAUAGAACUAUCCAGUAUAAAUAAAGUUAGUUUAAUUUAGGUUUCCUCCUGUAGUAACACUGUCACUGGAUCAGUGAGAGAUGAUCCUUAUUACUGGACCUCUAGGAAGAACAGUUUAGAACUGGCAGAGCUAUCCAGUAUAAAUAAAGUUAGUUUAGUUUAGGUUUCAUCCUGUAGUAACACUGGAUCAAUAAGAGAUGAUCCUUACUGGACCUCUAGGAAGAACAGUUUAGAACUGAUAGAGCUGUCCAGUAUAAAUAAAGCUAGCUUAAUUCUUUACGCAAUAUUUUUUAUUCAGGUCCGUAAGGAAAACGAAUGGUGUGAGGAGAAAUGAAGUAUGGAAUAGUUUAUAUAAAGUUGUCAUUUUCCAUCUUUCAAAAGAAAACAAUUUCUUUCAUAUCUUGUUAAUAAUAUAUUGGUUAGGUAGUUUUGUUUAUGUUCAUUUGAUAAGAACUUUGUACAUUGUCGUAUUGAGACAUUGAGAUUGAAAAGCAGAUUGUCUAUACACAUGAAUGUAACGGAUCUAUAGUUUCAACAUGAAUGUAACGGAUCUAUAGUUUCAACAUGAAUGCAACGGAUUUAUAGAUUCGAUGUGUGCAACUGUAUAUUACAUUCUUCAAGCGUUCCAGAUUUUCAGUUU